AUGGUGUCCACUCGGCGAGGCACUGCAAACGCAGAGCCGGCCACGGCUGGUAUUGGACGGCCCAGACCGCCCCGACAGGCGAGCGACACCAUACAUAUCAUCGUUCCCAGCGUCAAGAAGGUCGUGAAAGCUCCGGACGAUCGAAGAGUGCCAGACACUCCUCCCAGAAUGGCGCUCUCCGGCAACAUUAGUGAGCAUGAUCUCAGUCUCACAUCCCCGAGUACCGGCGAAUCUCCAGUGGUACUCACCAUCACGACGCCGAAGAAACGACAAGGCUCAACUGAUUCCACCGAUCGAACAGUCUCCUCCGCCCUGCGAAGGCUCGCACCUAAGCCUUUCGCGAACAUGAGCGGCAGCAGCCACAACCCCAUCAUCGUCAACGAGGAUCCAUCACCCCCAAGGCGAGCAACGCGAGCCCCGAAGCGCAGACAGAAACACAAAAAGCUGUCGGAACCGCAUCAGUUCAUCGGCAAUGGAUAUAGGGAGCUGUACAGCUACGGUGUCUCCAGACCGGCAUUGGCAGCCAUGCCUGCGAACGGCAGCACAUUCACCGGGCAUCAGAGUCAUGAUAUCUAUCGCAUGAUGAGCGCGAAGAUCACUGCCGCGCCUGAUGUCAGCCCAAACGCAGCAUGGGGCCGGCACACGCUCAACGUACCUUUCGAAGUACAGUACCCACUCUCCGCGCCGGUUCUUGCGCAACACGCGCCACAACAUCCACUGUCGUAUGCGCAACACUAUCAUGUCCAAGUUCCAUCGACCACAUACGUCUUGCCAAUGGUUCCCUCGCAGAACGAGGAUUCGCUCCGCAGGAGAGCUGUCCAUCACAUCCAAGAUUACUCACGAACUUCGCCACAGAAGAGGAAGCUUGCCGAUGCUGACCUUGCGGAAACCGGCGAUAAUGCAGCCGGAGAACACCAACGGCAUGCUCGACCUCAAUCAGGCCGUCCAGCUACUCAACUGAAUGCCACGCCUGUAUCCGGGGUACGCAACGUUGACCAACAUAGAAGUCACACGCCAACGGUACAUCGAGACCCUGAUCCCAACCUCCUCGUCAGUCACCUCAUUGAGCACACCUCGCUUAUCACAUCCUUGCUACAAGUCUAUCCUCACUCCACAGACAAGAUAGGUCUACAAAACGAUAUAUCGAUGAUGGUUCAAAUUCAGAAUCAAUACAUGAGUGCUUGGAUGGAGACUGAAUCACAAAGCUCGCGUAAGAGGAUGAAGAACAGCGGUGACGGUGCUGUCAGUCUGGCGACCCACCUACAGCCUGUCGUCACUCCUGCGAUGAAGGUUCAGAAUGAGAAGGACCAUACAGUGCGUCAGGCUCUUUCUGCUGAUGCCGACAUGUGGCAAGAUGGUACAGGACAUGGUGUUGCUGAUGCAUUCGCGAUCGCAUCUGCAUCAUCGCCGGUAGCAAGCAACUCUAAUGGAAGGAUAGCUGAUCCCGCGAGUAUAUUUCCGAGUGUAACGACGUCUCGUCAUCCCAUCCAGGGAAAAGCGGGCGCAGACAACGCUGUCGUCAAAACCCCACCACAGUCGAUCUCGGACCCGGGAGCAACGUCAACAAGGCACAAGGGUAUUCUCGUUACACCUAUUCGACGAGAAGCACCACAGACACUUGAACAGAUGUCAACGGCGACCAAUGACAACACCAGGACUGUACAGUACACCAGUCACCCGUACACUCCUUCCAAAGACCUGAGAACUCCUACCAAAUUACCACCCCUUUCCGCCGGCUCUCCGGUCACCCCAGACAGUAAGAGCAAUCCUUCAUCUCAACAUAGCAAAGGCAAGCAUUCUUCUUCCUGCAGCAAGCGCAGCGCCCCUAUACGACCUGCCCUCAGCUCUGAGGUCGGCAAACUCCAAGUCUCUGGUAAAGGCGAUGCUUCAAGCAGCUUCCACAGUGAAAGCUCGGGUGAUUUCGGUACCCAAAGGCCGGUAUUUCGCUUUGAACGACGCGUUGCGGGUGAAGGCGGGGAAGCUCAAGCGAAUGAUGAUGCGACACCGACUGUGGAGGAAUAA